CUGUUUUGCUGUUCAGAGUAAUUGAGAAGUUAGGUGGUGCCUAAAUCAAAACUAUGAUGAUGUUUGAAGAGAAAGGACUGAAAAGGUCCUGAAAGGCUCUUUGUUGCCAGGAAUCCCUUUUUUGGCACUUCCUACUUGUUCCUUUCAGUAUGGAACUAGAUGACAUCACUCUACAGAACAAAAAACUAAGCAAAGUAGAAAAAAAGUUGCGACAAAAACAGAUGAAGGCCAGAUACACCUUACUAAGGCAUGAGGGUAUUGAGUGUGUAUCAUACCCUACUAAGAGUCUGGUUAUUGCCAAUGGAGGUCUGGGUAAUGGUGUUGGCAGAUUCCAGUUGCACUCUCUGGUAGAAGAAUGUGGACAAGUAGAAAGCCUAUUAAUGCCUCCAAAUAAACCCUAUUCAUUUGUGCAGUAUGAAAGGACAGCUUACUCCAAGCAGGCCUAUGACUCCCUCAAUGGAAAGGAACUAAUAUUAGACAACUCCAGCCAAAAGGUUGUUCUGUACUUCAACUAUGUAGAAAAAGUUCCUUGGGAAGAAAUGAGCCCUCCAGCCUUGCCUCCUGGUUUGAGAGUAAUUGAAGAAUUGGUUUCACCUGAAGAAGAAAAGAUGCUCCUGGAAAACAUUAAUUGGACAGAGGAUGAGGUCAUUCCCCUUGCUCAGAAGUCUUUAAAACAUAGGAGGGUAAAACAUUUUGGAUAUGAAUUUCGAUAUGAUAACAACAAUGUUGAUCGAGACAAACCAUUACCUGGAGGUCUCCCAGAUUUUUGUAACACAAUUCUUGCAAAAUGUCUGAAAAUGGGAUACAUUAACCAUAAACCUGAUCAACUGACUAUAAAUCAGUAUGAACCUGGACAAGGUAUGUACCUAGGUUCUAUAUCAUUCUUACCUGGUCUUCCAAGUUCAGAUUUUCAAGCACUGUAAAUGCAGCGUUGGGGGAAAAUAUUCAGUGUGGAAAUGUGAGAAGACUUAGGAGAAUUGGCAAUCCUUAGAUAUAAAGGAUAAGUUCCCAAGACUGUAACAUAAAAGCAAGUAUUCUGUAUUAAUAAGAUCAUAGGAGUGCUAC